AUGACAACAGACAGUGAGCUAGCGACCAAGCCAACUGCCAUGGAUCAGCAGGCUCCGCCGGCCCCUGGUCCAGACGUGAGAGUCGUCUUUGUAGGUGCGGGCCAGAUUAAUUUUGGAUCGCCUGAAGGACCAUGGAACCAUUCAUUUCGUCUCGAGCACAAGCUAGGGCCGCGUCUGAAAGUGAUAGCGCUCAUUGAUCCUGUGACUGAGAAUGCCGAGAAUGUGCUGAAGAAAAAGCGCGAGUCGUUUGUUCUGAGUGCUUACAAGGACACAGCCAUAUUCAAAGACGUACCUUCGUACCUCGCUAGUGUGACGCCAGAAACUCGCCCGCAUGUAGUUUGGAUCGGCUCACCACCAGCUUUCCGAGGAAGUAUGCAUGCCGGACGCGAUGUGGAAAGGGUUCUGGCGGAUUCUUUACCGGGGAUUGGUCUAUUUCUCGAAAAGCCUGUCACGACAAGCUCCGUCGAAGACGUCAUGCAGGUGAGCCGAUACAUUGAAGGGAAGAUGAGCCCACUCUCUGUUGGAUACAUGCUGCGCUACCUAAAAGUCUCACAGAAACUAAAGCAGAUUAUUGCCGAAAAUAAGCUCCAGGUCAUGGCUGUAAAUUGCCGUUUCGUCAUAGCCUACGAGCGCCUGACGAAGCAGUGGUGGUGGAACAAGGAGCAAAGUCUUGGCCCAGUGAUCGAGCAAGCGACACACUUUUGCGACUUGGCACGCUACUUCGGUGGUGAGGUCGAGCUGGAUUCUGUCGUCGCCCAUUCUCUCGAGCACUUUGAGGCGCCGAGCAAGCUGAGCAAGUUGGCGUUCAAUGAGGACGAAACGAUCCCCGCUGAACAGCGUGUGCCUCGCGUCUCAAGUGCUACGUGGAAGUAUACAUCGGGUGCGGUCGGCUCAUUGAUGCAUGUCAUUGCACUGCAUGGCCGCGACUUUUUCACUGAAAUCGACGUGUUUGCGGACGGCUACUCGUUGCGACUCGUCGAUGCGUACAACGCUCCAACUCUGUACGUUCGUCGUCCAGGCGACGAUCAUGAGGAAGUGUACAAGUAUGCGGAUGAUGAUCCAUUCUUUUCCGAAGUGUCCAGUAUGAUUGAUGCUGUCGAGGACCCGUCCAAAUCGGAUGAGAUCCUAUGCUCGUUUGACGACGCAGCGCAUACAUAUGCAUUUACUUGGGCUAUCCGACGUGCAUGUGAAACGCAGGUCGAUAGGCGCCGCCGUUAG